GCGCGCGCGGAUUUGUUGGAUUUCGCGGGAGUCGCGCGCAGACAGAGCUGCUUAAAAUUGUGUUUAUUUUAUUAUUUUUUAAAACAACAUGAGUUUGUGGGUUGAUAAGUACAGACCCACAUCUCUGGGGAAGCUGGACUAUCACAAAGAACAAGCAAAUCAGCUAAAGAAUCUGGUACAAUGUGGCGACUUCCCGCAUCUGCUUGUUUAUGGCCCAUCUGGUGCUGGCAAAAAGACACGAAUUAUGUGUCUCCUCCGUGAGCUGUAUGGUGCUGGGGUGGAAAAGCUCCGGAUUGAACACCAGUCCAUUGUCGCGCCAUCGAAAAAAAAGAUUGAAAUCAACACAAUUGCCAGUAACUACCAUUUGGAGGUGAAUCCAAGUGAUGCUGGGAACAGUGACCGUGUCGUCAUCCAAGAGCUGAUCAAGACAGUCGCUCAGUCACAGCAGAUACAGUCCAGCACACAGAGAGAGUUCAAAGUGGUGCUGCUGACGGAGGUGGACCGGCUCACCAAAGACGCCCAGCAUGCCUUGCGUCGUACCAUGGAGAAGUACAUGUCCACCUGUCGCCUCAUCUUGUGUUGCAACUCCACCUCUAAAGUGAUCUCUCCCAUCAGAAGCAGGUGCCUGGCUGUGAGAGUGCCCCUGCCCAGCACUGAGGAGGUUUGCAGUGUUCUGAUGAGCGUGUGCAAAAAGGAAGGGCUACUUCUCCCAAUUGAGCUGGCCAAACAGAUAUCCGAGAAAUCUGGCCGCAACCUGCGCAAAGCUCUUCUCAUGUGUGAGGCGUGUCGAGUGCAACAGUCUUCUUUCUCUCCAGAUCAAGACAUACCUGAAACAGACUGGGAAGUGUACCUCAGAGAGACGGCUAACGCCAUCGUCAACCAGCAGAGCCCGCAGAGACUUUUGGAGGUUCGAGCAAGACUUUAUGAACUGCUAACUCACUGUAUUCCAGCAGAAAUCAUCAUGAAGGGGCUUGUGACUGAGCUGCUCAGUAACUGUGAUGGUCAUUUGAAACCUGAGGUGGCUCAAAUGGCAGCCUAUUACGAACACAGGCUACAGUUGGGCAACAAGGCCAUCUACCACCUGGAGGCAUUUGUGGCAAAGUUCAUGGCAAUCUAUAAGAAGUUUAUGGAAGACGGACUCGACAAUUUCAUGUUCUGAUUUCUCUGUAAUGUAACAAAUAUCUGCUACUUUUCUUUGUAAUAAACAUAAACUUUUAGAUUUUUCCUGGA